UUGUCUUGAGCGAAGACUGAAGAGUGCGUUCAAAUUUUAAAAUUUCACAAUAGUCCACUCCUCUUAGCUAAUUGGCAUCAAGAACAUUUCCAUCUAAAUUAUUGCGUAUUAAUUUACUGCAACCGGGAAGAUAGGAACAUGUAAUCAAUGACAACGUACAUGCUAUUAAUAACUAAGAUAUAUUUUCAAGAGUUCGUCGGGUGGUAGCUAAAAUUGUAAUUAAAUAAACUUGACUCAUCAAACAUUUUUAUAUUAAUCUUAUCGUGCUUGUCGUAUACAACCUAUUCAAAGUCCAAAUGUCAAUUUUAAUGAAUUGUUUUUUUAUGAUCGUCAUACCGCCAUUUUCUUUAAUUAGAUAUCUUGGCCUAUGUUAAAUUUUGGCUACUGCCCGUAUAUAAGAAAAAAUACUAUCUUCUGUUAUCGUUGUUCAAAAGUAGAGAAAGAAAGCUAAAAACAUAUGUAAUGGAAAUUCUCAAUUAUAUAUCCCCAAUUUUGAUGAUAUUCUAUGGUAGACCACAAACACCUUUGGUAGAAGCGAAAGCAAGAGGUAAUGCGCAUUAACGCAUGUAGCUAUAAGGAAUAGCGUAUAGUGCUACAUGGACGAGUUAGCUUACCAUUGCUUACCCAUUUGUAGCCGCUGACGUGCAUGUACUGCAUGUAUUUACAACACGAAAGAAACGGUGAAGAUAUACUGUAAUUAUAUAUUCAUGCAACAUGAUACAAACAUUUCCCUUGCAUCUAUACUACUAUUCUUUCUCAGCAAACGAGUAUUACAAUAAAACCUCAUCUUAAUUCUCGUGAUCAUUUCUCGUGAUCAUUGCCAUUCAACACGUUCUGUAAAAAUAUAAAAGAACGGCGUUGAACGAUCCAUGCUUCAGGCUGUAGAAUAUUGUGCAAUACGCAUGACACUGAAAAGCACACUGGAGGGGGAGGGGCAUAUUCAUAUAUAAUAAUCUUUCGGCUGGCUGAUAUCUUCUAAUAGCGACAGUUUUUAAAGAACGUUGACAUGAAUAUAUGCAUAUGAAUGUACAUCCCCAAUUAUCGCGCCCGUAGUAAGGGACCUGCGUUGCAAUCGAUUUUUUGAAUGAAAAUUUGCUAUACUGUACUAUAGGAUUGGCGAAAACAAGAAUUGGUUCGGGUUUAAUUAAGUAUGUGGUUAAUCCAAGGGCUUUAUUGGCAAAACCGCGAAAUGCAAAAUAUUUCUUAUCAUAAGAUAGUUAUAAUUGCAGAGCUACAAUGAUAAACGCAGUGGCACCUGUCUUGGCAACUUUAAAUCAUUUGCAUUGUGCAGAUGUAUUCUACUCGGUUAAAGGCAGAUGAAGAGUCAACGUCUUCAAACUGUCGUGCUUCAUGUCAGCACACUUCUGCUGGCUUAUACGAAAUAGAAUUGUAGCUAUUUUAAAGAGGAGGGACAAUGAAAUCUUCACCAGUUACACGUUCCAAGUCAAUAUGGCAGAGAAUACUCGAGGUUAUGUCCCUGAGCCCUACAAUAAGUUACAAAGCAGCAGAACCAACAUUUUAUCCUUGGACAAUUAGACAUGAUUCGUUGUGCAAAGCAAUCUGGGACUGGAUAGUCCUAUUACUGGUCAUCUAUACUGCAAUUGAAGUUCCUUAUAAUGUUGCCUUCAUAUUACCCAUGUAUACGAAAGUUCAAUAUAAAACCACCUGGGAAAUUAUCAACUUGCACGUCGACUUUAUGUUUGUUAUCGACGUGAUCAUAAACUUUCGGACAACCUACGUGCAAGGGAGAAGCGCCAAGGUGGUUUCUAAUCCAAAGAAAAUAGCUCGCCAUUAUUUGAAAACUUGGUUCUUUGCUGAUUUCAUUUCCGCAAUUCCAUUUGACUUGUUUUCAUUGAUCAGUUCUAAAGUGGAAUAUUCGCUGCUCAGUCUUCUUAAAACGGCUCGACUCUUACGACUGGUUCGGGUUGCCAGGAAAUUGGAUCGUUACUCAGAGUAUGGAAUAGCUGUGAUUUUUCUUCUGAUGGGUCUAUUUACAUUGACUGCUCACUGGCUGGCAUGUAUUUGGUAUGCUAUAGGAAGAGUAGAAAAAGAUAAUCAUCCUGCUAACUGGAUUAAUAUUCUUUCCCGCGAACUCUCUGGCAACAAAGAUUUUGCCAACUCAACCGAUGUCACGUUGACAGAGUGCUAUCUUUCCGCCAUUUAUUUCACUCUGAGCAGUCUAACCAGUGUUGGGUUUGGUAAUGUCUCUGCUAAUACAAAUGCCGAGAAGAUCUUUGCUGUGUGUUCUAUGUUAGUUGGUGCUCUAAUGUUUGCAACGGUUUUUGGAAAUCUUACGGCAAUAAUACAACGUCUUUACUCCACUACGUCGAAGUACCACAAAGAUUUGGCCAUUGUACGAGAAUUUAUCAAUUUUUACGAGAUUCCACAGCCAUUGAGUGAUACGCUAGAGGAUUACACCAGGAAUAUUUGGGCACAAACCAAGGGAGUUAAUGUUAAGAAGGUGCUAGAGUUUUUUCCUGAAUCGCUACAAACGGACGUGUGUUAUCAUCUAAGACAAGAUCUAUUUAACACCAUUCCGGCAUUCAAAGAAGCUGACCAUUCUUGUUUGCGCUCACUGGCUAUGAAAUUUCGUACUUCUUAUUGCUUACCGGAACAAUGUGUUGUACGGCGAGGUGAUCCAAUUCAAGAAAUGUAUUUCAUAUGUUCAGGAAGUGUGGAAGUUGUAAGAGAUGGAAAAUCUAUUUUAACAUUAGGCAAAGGAGACGUCAUAAGCUGUGAUUAUAAAUCACUCAGUCAUAUUCCAAAGGCAAAUUCAGAUCUUAUAGUUCGUACAAUUGCUGAAAUACAUUCAAUAGACUAUGAAGAUUUAUUGGAAUGUCUUAGAGCUUAUCCGGAGUUUGGAGAGACAUUCUUUCAACGCCUUGAAGUGUCAUACAGUCUACAAGAAUACGAAAACGUGAGCGAAGGAAUGUCAGCACGAGCUCAUCGCUUUUCAAACGCUCGAAGUGAACUUUCCUCAUUCCAAAGAUUUCCUUCCUCAAGCAGCAUAAAGCCUCAGGCUAACGGCAGCACGUAUAUUGACAUUCAGGAAACUUCAUUUUCAACCAAACAUGAAACACAGAAAGUUACUACGGAGCAGAAAAAAGGACUGACUAAAACCUUGUCUGGUAAAAAGGAAACUAAUAAUACCAUCGGAAAAACGGUUGCAAGAAAUGAAAAUAUAGAGGAUCGUUUGAGUAAUAUUGAAAGUCGAUUGAUUGAACUAGAGAGCACUAUCACAACUAAUUUUAACGUAAUUAUUGCUCAUGUGGAGAAAAAGAAAUGUUUACAAAAUUAACGAAAUAAUGAAGUGAAUAGGAAUCCAGCUUCUUCCGCGAUUAACAGACUUUUCUGGUAAUUAUAUUAUGUGUCACAAGUUUAUCGUUUUCAAUUCAGAAUCACCUUGAUUUUAAUUUGAUUGCGAGUUAUACUUUCAGGAGUUUUAUGAAGAUAUAUCCUUCUUUAAAACAUGCAUGUAUGACUUAUGAGAAAAAAUAUGCCACAAUACGAAACAAGGCUCGGGUUUUUCCCUUCAGAGCUCAUUCUCGUUGUAUCACUUAAUUUCCGUUUAUUGCAUGGUCGAAAAAAAAUUUUUUUGCGUAGGGUGAUAAAGGACGUUUUGCAUGUUUGAACGUAGCCCGUGGGAGUAAAACUUGAAAUCCACUUCAAGGUGACUCUAACCGAAAACGAUAAAGUUAUGACGGGAUUAUUGGAAAGCUUUAUUUAAUUAUUUCUUUUUGUAAAACUAACAAAAUUAUUUGGUAUAGGGUCACCAAAGUGAACCACAAAAAUUACUGACAGAAAUAUACUGCGUGAUCAUAAAAUUGAAUACAUCACAUGCAAUUUCAGUGAGUGACUGAUUUUCCUUAGAAUGCACCUUUAUACAUGCAGGAAUUUCUAGCUCUGCAUAUAAAAUUCUCAUGUGGGUGUCUUCUACCCAGAUAUCCAAGAAUAUUUUUGUUGGAAAUAUAAAUUACAGUAGAUCGCAAUUAAUGUCCUGCAUUGGAUUGUAUAUAAUACGAUGUGCAUGUAUAUAAUACGAUGACCAAGUUAUUUGUAAAUAAUUUUGAAUUUAACUUAAAAUUUUAACCAAAUUUGUAGAAGCAUGGCCGACUUUUUAGGAAGGUGAUACCCGUAUACUAAUCACUGAUGUGAAUAUUGAUUAAUAUUUAUAUUGUAUAUAUACUUUUUAAAAGUUUAAAUGUUUGUGUUAGUUUAUAGUUUUGAUCAUGCAUGGAAAUACACUACUGCACCUCAGGAACUUUAGGCAUAUAGUCUUAUAGAAGGUUCUUGUAAAGCACACAGUUCAAUUAGUUCAUUUUUUGUAUCA